UCGUUAAGUUCGUGCUAAGUUCGCGUUAGCCACUUCAAGUGUUAAGUUCGCAUUCGCGAGUCAACUAGUUGUGAACGAGCGGCUGUGAGUAUCCGCGAUGCCUGGAGCUGCGGAUGCCAAAGCUCUGGCGGCCGCCAUGCGCCAGACGCUCAACCUGCCGGCCACGCGCUUCCCGAUGCGGGCUAACGCGGCCGUACGUGAGCCGCAGCUGCACGCACGCUGUGUGUCCGCGGCCUAUGCGGAACAGGCCGAGGACGCGUCCCGGCCGCUGUUCGUGCUACACGACGGUCCGCCGUUCGCCAACGGUAGCCUGCACAUGGGCCACUUCCUGAACAAGACGCUCAAGGAUAUCAUCAACCGAUACCAGCUUCUGCGUGGUCGGCGCGUGCACUACGUGCCCGGCUGGGACUGUCACGGCUUGCCCAUCGAGCACAAGGCGCUGACGAUGCUGCAGCUCUCGGCCGACGAGCUGUCGCCCGCCCAGGUGCGCGCGCUGUCCCGGCAGUUGGCCCGCCAGGCUGUACAGGAACAGCAGAAGGACUUUGAACGCUGGGGAGUGCUGGCCGAUUGGUCCGGCGCUGAGGACAGCGUUUACUUGACCAUGAGCCCCAGCUACGAGGCCCGACAGUACGACGUGCUCAAGAAGAUGGUGCACGACGGCCUCAUCUUCCGAGGAUUCAAGCCCGUUUACUGGUCCCCGAGCUCUCGCACAGCACUGGCCGAGGCCGAGCUCGAGUACCAGGACGACCAUGUAUCGCAUGCGGCCUACAUCAAGUUCCACUUCGCCUCAAUGGGAAGCAAUACCAGUGGCCAAGCGGCAAAUGUCCUGGCCAAGUAUGGAGACACGCUGUCGGCCGUCGUGUGGACGACCACGCCCUGGACCAUCCCGUCCAACCAGGCGUUGUGUGUCAAUGCAGACCUGGAGUACGUGAUCGUUCGUCCUCGCAACGCUGACUCGGACGCGUGCUAUUUGAUCGCCAGUGCGCUACAGGAGAGCUUUGCUACGACGUUGAAGGGAGAUGCGGAGGAGGAAGUGGAGCUGGAAGUGCUGGAGACGCUGAAGGGUUCUGAUCUCGAAGGUGCGCACUUUACGCACCCGCUGGUGAACCGUGAGGCUGUAGUGCUCGUGGGUGAGCACGUCACGACGGAUGCCGGUACCGGCGUGGUGCACACGGCGCCGGGCCACGGCCAAGACGAUUACUUUGCCUGGAUGGCGCACCACACGAAGCCUGGUGAGCACCCGGACAUUCUCUGCCCGGUAGACGCGGACGGCUGCUUCACGGCCGAGGCUGGACAGGGACUUGAAGGUCUGUGUGUGCUAGACGACGGUAACAUGGCGGUUAUCGACCUGCUGAAGAACUGCGGGAACCUGCUAUCAAUCGGCGAGUACCACCACAGAUACCCGUACGAUUGGCGUACCAAGAAGCCGGUGAUCUUGCGCGCUACAGCCCAGUGGUUCGCGCGACUGGAUGCGCUUCAUGCACGCGGUAAACGUGUGCUAGAAGACUCAGUGCAGAUGGUACCGCCAAGUGCGCGUCGUCGUCUGGAGGCUACGCUAUCGAGCCGUCACGAGUGGUGCAUCUCUCGUCAGCGUGCGUGGGGUCUGCCUAUUCCAGUAUUCUACCACAAAACCACAGGCGAGCCAUUGAUCACGGAGGAGAGCAUUGAAUACCUUCAGAAUAUAGUCAAGACGUACCGUGAUGAAGGCGAGAACGGCGACGUGGAACGUGAAGGAGCUGACUGCUGGUGGGAUCUGUCCGUACGUGAAUUGCUGCCGGAUUCGUUGAAAGAUCAGGCCGGCCAGUACGAGAAGGGCACCGAUACACUGGACGUGUGGUUCGACAGUGGCAGCAGUUGGCACGCCGUGCUUCCCGGUCUGUUGGAGCCUAAUGAGGAAGGGCAGCUUCGUGCUGACGUGUAUCUUGAAGGCUCGGACCAGCACCGCGGUUGGUUCCAGUCGUCGCUGUUGACGUCGCUGGCCAUGCAAGGCACGGCGCCGUACAAGAACGUCAUCACGCACGGCUUCACGCUGGACGAACGCGGCAGUAAAAUGUCGAAAUCACUGGGCAACACGAUCGUGCCCAACGAUUUCAUCAACGGCUGCACGAUGCCUGUCCCCGUGGCCGAGAAGACCAACAAGAAGGCCAAGAAAAACAGCAAUAAGCCGGCGAAGGCCCCGAAGGUCAAGCAGAUGAAGGUGCCGGCGUAUGGCGCCGAUGUCCUUCGCUUCUGGGUGGCUACGACCGACUACACUGGCGACGUGAGCAUCGGACCAGGUGUCGUCGGCAAGGCCAGCGAUGCGCUACGCAAAGUACGCAACACGGCGCGAUUCCUGCUCGGCAAUCUGCAGGACUUCGACCCAGCACAACACGCCGUUCCUCACGACAAGAUGCCGUUCUCGCUGGACCGCUACAUGCUGCACGAGCUCAACUCGUUGGCCCAGUCUGUGACUGCAGCGUACGACGCCUUUGCGUUCAACCGCGCCCAGCACGCUCUCUCACACUUCAUUUCGACUGACCUGUCGGCGUUCUACAUGGAGGCCACCAAGGACCGACUGUACUGCGACGCGGCCGACUCACAGACACGCCGGUCCGCACAGACAGUGCUGUGGUUGUCGCUACAGGCACUUACGCGUGCUUUAGCGCCGGUGGUACCGCAUACGGCGGAAGAUAUUCGUUUGCAUUGGGAGGCACAGCUGCAAGGCGAUGUCCCGCUUGAAGACGUGCCUGGGAGUGUCUUCUUGGAGCAAGGCUGGAUGCCCAGUGCCGAGGAGUGGAAGAACGACGGCCUGGCGCGCGACUGGACUGCGAUCCGUCAGCUUCGCUUCGAGGUGAACCGCGUGGUGGAGCAGAUGCGUCAGGCUGGCCGUGUUGGCAGUCAGCUGGAGUGCAACGUGUACGUCGUGGCGUCCGAGUCCGACCCGCGCGUUGCUGAGCUGUUGUCUCCUCUGGCUCACACUUCGGAGCUCGAAGACGUGCUACUGUGCUCCAGUGUGGACGUUGUAGCGUCUGAGACGGAGAUUGAGAGUGCAGAGCAGUUCAAGGCCAACUGCCAGCUGGCCAUGGGCCCGAAUGACGCCCCGAUGGACGUCAAGCUCGUGUUGACUCCGGCCAAGGGCCACAAGUGCCCGCGUUGCUGGAAGUAUGCGUCGGAAGUAGAUGCCGCCGAGACGCAGCUGUGUUUGCGCUGUGCACAGGCCACGGAUCUGCGUAGCGUCUCGGAUCUGGCCAAGAGGUUGAUUGAGGACGCAUAGAACGGGUCGUUUGUCGGUUCAUCAAUCGUAAUAGAGCAACUUGUAUGUCAGCAGGUUGACUAACAUGCAGUUUACACUACCUGUUGGCACAGCUUGACUUGCAUCUCGUGCAGUUUACACUGCUC